AUGGACAUCACUAGGUCAGGAAGGAAACGGAAGAGCUCUCUUUCAGACCCAACAAGCCACUCUCCAGUCUCACGUCGGACUAGACAGAGCUUGGCAGCGGUGUCACAAGAUGUCGGCCUCCAUCGGCAGCAAGCAGCAGUCUCUAUUACACCCAAGAAAUCAAGAAAGAGAGUUCGGUUUUCCGACCCAGGUCCUCGGUUAUUAGAUGAUGCAGAUAUUGGGUCGACUGGCUUGACUCCAGCAAUGCGUCGGACAUCUUUCGAGGCAGAAUCUGGGGAUCGCACACCUAGCCGCAAAGCCCGACGCAGGUCUGCCCCAACACCACGCUUCCAGCGAUCAUAUGACACAGAGGAGCCGUUCGAUGAAACAUGCACCGAGCGAAGGUUUCAAUUUACUCCGCUCCGCCAAAUCUUGGAUACACGGACCCAGAGAAGAAUCAGGCGAAUUGGGUUGAGUGAUGAGAUCAAUCAAAUUGAGCGCGAAAAGCGUGAGACGCGCAAGAUGGAAAAGACAUUGCGAGCUUUGCUUCAAGAGCGAGAUUCUCUGAAAAAUGAGCUCGGAGCCCUGAAACGAGGUGGAAUGGGCUUUGAGGACCCAGGUUCGGUAGCUGAGUCCUAUUGGAUGACACCCGACACACCCAGGUCUUGUGAGGGAGUGUCUGUCGUCUCUAAUCACAGUCAGGAUGAUACUGUUCCAUUUUUGAACUGUGACGCAGAGACAUUUAUGUUCAAUGACAGUGCAGUCAUUAUGUCCAGCUCUCCUGAUUUCCGGGGUACUCGAAGUCAUAGUCCGCCCGUUACUGAUAGCAUGAUGCUAACCGAUGGACUCCAAACGCCCAUUCGUGCCACCCAAAUGCAUACUUUAGCCAACACAGAGGCAUCUGACAUCCGCUCCCUAAGCCUGAAUCUGGAAGCUGCCAGACAAGAAAAGAGCGACCUGUUCAAUGCCUGUCGAUCACGACUCUCAGGGCUCAAUGACCCUACCAUCAGUGGCCUUUUCAGCCAGUCUUCUCCGCCGUCGGACUUCUACGAAAAUGUUAUGAAGAUCUUGGAAAAUGCUUUGUCUCGUGCUUCCGAUGCUGCUGAGGCUCUUGAAGGAGUCACCCAAGAAUGCUCCAACUUGGGAUUCUGCGGGGACGGCGUGGACGAUGUCAUAUCCGACAUGCAGACGCACUUCCGCUCAGCUCGCCUCGGGCUUGAGCGUGCGCUACCAGGUGAAACUGCCAAUAUCAGUCUUAAGGACGGCAAGGCAACCCUAGGUGCGCUGGUGGAACGGGUGGAGUCACUUGCAAAAGAUCUGGGGACAGAACGCCAUUAUCACCACGGCUCUCUCGGCCGAGAAAAGGCUCUUCGAGGGCAGUUUGAUGCUUUACUAUACCGAUAUGAGACAGCUGCCAAAAAGAUUGAGACUCUCGAGGAUGCAAUCGCAUCUUCUGCGGGCGAUAUGCUCCACACGCGGAUGCGAAUGCAAGACCUCGAGCGUGAAGGCCAAGAACAGGCUGUUGGGAUUGAUAGAUUAAAUACAGCGCUCGACAAGUAUCAUCAUGAAGUGAAGGGUCUCGAAAGUCUUAUCGAUAAUCUUGAGAAGGAGAACACGGCUACAAAGGAGAACUACACUCGGCAGAUAUCUAAGCUGAAGAGACAAGUGGCUUACGAACGCUCAAAACGCUGUUCCGCCGAGGCUACUGCUGCCGAGUCUGACUCUCGCAUCCAGGAGUUGGAGGAAACAGUCGAACACAAUCGAAUUCGAGCUUGCGACUUGAUGGCCCAGGUGGAACUUUUGGAAAAGGAAUAUGAAAGAGCCGUCGAGAGCCUAGAGAAGAACACUAGUGAACUUCAUACGCACGCAGCAGAGACUGGUACUCUCAAUGUUCGCAUCUCAGACCUCACCACAUCGCUACAUGACGCCAAUUCUGAGGUGCAGCGUCUUCAAAAUCUUAAUGCUGGCCUUGAAGAACAGCUUCAGCUAGAAGUCGAAGCUCGAGACGAGCUUCUGGACAAGUGGGCCGCAGAUCAAGUGCGAUCGUUCGCCCACAUGAAGGAGACCGUCAACUCGGAACGUCGCAGAGCUAAGGUUCGUGCGGCCAAUUGGGAAUUGAAGUCGGACGACCUUAUGUCAGAUGGCACUACAAUUGGCACUGGGAGUGAACCAAUUACACCCGUUAGUGCCCGGUUUGUUGAUAUCGAAGUCGGCCGUGGCAAGAACCGUCGGCGUAUGGAUACCGAAGAACUGGACCAUGACAUUUCGGAUGUCGGCAGCGGUAUCGGAUCCCAUAUCAAUAUUCAGCUUCCCGCGCCAGAUUUGGCUUAG